UUCGCCGGUAGCCUCAGUACGACGUCACUAUGACGUGCACCGCAAUGGCCCAUGUGCUUGCCACCUUUUGCAUUGUGAGCGCAACGGCGAAAUCGAUUCCCUCUUUUGCCGGACCAUACAUCCCCGUAGUGCAGAAAAUAUACAUGUGUGGCAAGAAUCCCUCUGAAAACCCCGCUCUGUUUUUCCUGAAGGUCAGCCACUUCAAUCCAGUUAAGCCGCAUGAAAAGCAAAAUAUCACUGGAAAUAUAACUUUGCCAUUUGGAGCCGAUGAUUCGUACUGGGUGCAAACCCGGGUUGAUAAGUGGUCUGGAAAUCAAUGGAAAGAGAACUUCUUUGUCUUCAGGUUCCCUGGUGGCAUUUGCACAAGUGGACGGGCUAAUGCCCCCGACGUAUUCCGCGUACUUUUCAAUCACACAAUAACGUCUGGACCAUGUUUUAUAAAACCCGGGUUAUACAGCGUAAAUAAUGAACCAAUUUCCUGGAGACUUCCAAAUAUCCCAGCACUACCAUAUGGUAGUUACCGCAUAUGGUGCAAAAUGGGUCAGAUCUCCCAGGAAACUGUAAGCUGUCAGCUGUGUCUCGAGGUCUCCGCAAACCCUGAAAUGACCCUUUAAGGCGUUUACACCGCUCGAGUUGCAAGCGAAAUCCACUAGGGCUCGCCACUGUCGGCAGCGCAGCGGCUAGGCUGGCAGAGUGGCUGCCGACGGCCGCUGCCAGCUCGGUGCGGGAGGCUGUCAUAGUUCGUCAAACAUCACAGGAUUCCAAUAAGUGAAUAGACUAUGCAGGGCUACUGGCUGGACGCUACCUGGACGUGGACGUGGCCGAGUCGGCCGAUUGAAGUCGCGGGAACAAAAGGUGUCCCCCUCCCCCUCUCCUCCGAAGCGCUGCACCGCUGCAGCGGGGUGCGCUGUGCUUAGGACGGCGGACUGGACAGGCGAGCGAGCGCGGCCUGGGCCGGGGCUCCAGCCAGCGGCUCACAGCUAAGUCCUGGGAGUCGAUCCCGUUAAAAAAUUUACUCACUUCAAGAUAUAUGCUAGGCUGAUUUCGGAAAAAGAAGAAAAAAAGGAAGAAAGUUACAGUAAGGACUAUCACUGUUUCUUCGUUGCUUUAGAACAAUGUGAAUGAUUAAAAGAUUAGAAUUUGAAUGUCAAUUUAAAACUCUGACAAAGAGACAAAUUUAGGAAAAAAAUAACCAGAAAAUGGACUUUAAAUUUUCUCUUUUGCCUUAGUGUAGCGUAAAUAUAGUAUGAAAGGAAAUGAAAUGUCAAGAUGUCAGUCUUACAUUUGUUUUAUUUAACAACUUAGACUUAAAAAACAUAAAAAAAUAUUUCUCAGGCUGUAAGUCUCAUGAUAAUUUGAUCAAGAAAUCCUGAAGCCAUGCACACAUUUGUUUUUCGGGGUUACCUAAUUGAUUUAACCAAACUUCAAACAAGUCCGAUUUAUUCAAUCGGAUCCAUAAAAACAAAUGUGACUUGGCUUCAAGUUUCACAAGCAUAAAUUGAUCAUAAAACUAAACCUUGGUCACACAAAACAAAAAAAUACAGCUUGGAACACAUUAUGAGGAUGAUCCGGAAGUUGAUGCUGCAGCCUCGAAGGUUUGAAUGGCGUUCGAUUUGGUUUGAUUAACAGCUGUAAAAUAGAAGUGACGCA